AUGCUCCAAGUACGGCCGUCGACGAAUGGAUUCAUCUGGUGCUUACGUGAUGCCUUCUACGAUAACAACAAUCCCGACUCCUUCAACGCCGCGCUCGUGACAACCAGCUCGCUGGCAGGCAUGGCUUUCAACAUCUUUUAUCCGUUCGUUUACAUCAUAUACCUAUCUGUGCAGUUUGCGGAGCUGUUGGUGUCACGCACGCUUCGGCUGCUGAUGCUGACCGGGGGGGAGAAGAAGAAGAAGCAGCCUGAUGUUGCCUCGAAUCCAUGCUUGUCGUGCAAGCUGAAGAAUCGGCGAAAAAAGCGCCACUGUGACUACAAUGUCAAGGAAAUCGCCCCCCAUAUCUCUGAGCCAUCGUCAGACUCUUUUCAGGAGGAUUAUCUCGCAGUUCACGCUCCGCCCUCAACUUCAAAUCCAUACACCCUUCCAGUGUCCAACUUUCCAGCCCUGUACUUUGUCGACCCGCCAGUCUUUCACAACCAUCACGUCGAGAUCCCCAAGCCGUCGGAUCGCCUGCCGAGCUACGUCGUCGGAGAGCUCGGCAGCGCACUCCAGCAUGAGUUUAUCGGCCGCCUGUUCUUUCACACCAUUCAUAGAUGGUUCCCCAUGAUCUCACGGAAGCGCUUCUAUGAGGAGCUGCACGAGGCCUCUGAAGGUCCUGGUGUCGCUGCCGACUUUGGCUGUUUGCUCCUGGCCAUGAAGCUGAUGACAUGGCGCCCUCCUUCGUUAGAAGGCGAUGCUCCCGGCGGCGAGGGACCGAACGCUCGUACGGCGACCUACCGCGCGGCGAAACAGUUUUGCUUUGAACUGGAGGCAGCUGGAAUGGUCUCUCUUCGAGUUCUUCAGGGCAUGCUCCUGGUCGCGCUGUACGAAGUCGGACAUGCAAUCUAUCCAGCGGCCUUCAUGUCCGUAGCAGCGUGCGUACGAUAUGCACAUGCCUUGGGGAUACAGCCGGGGGGCAUGCAGAGGCUCAAGCUGCCGCUGACGUGGGUGGAAGCAGAGGAGCGGAAGAGGGUCUGGUGGUCAGCCUUUCUGCUGGACCGGAUCGUCAGUCUGAACUGCCCAGGCUGUCCGGCGGCGAUUGACGAGCCCGGUCCACAAGAAGUUCUUCCGACAGAUGACGCGUUGUGGGAUGAAGGCGUGAGUAUCAUACCACAGCCGAGGACCGUGGACGUGGCUAACGUACGUCUUCAGGCUGCAGAAGAGCCUUCAUCCCCAUUGCUCAACAAGCCCGUCAGCAUGGAGUUCGGGAGGUUUGCAUUGUUGACGCAGGCUUUUGUUCUGCUGUCCAAGGUGCUUAAACUCAAGUCCACUUCGCCAGAGACCUCGACAAAGGCUCUGAAGGAUGAGGCGCAGCGGCUGGAACGCACAAUAAAGGCGCUGCUCUACUUUGGACAGAUGGAGGUCAAGUCGCGAAACGGAAUGCCGAGCUUUGAGCUUCACUCGGUCUGCACGAUAUCUUUGAUAACAUUGUACACUUCGCCCAAGAUCCCCAUUGAUAUGCCCAUCAGGUUCAUCGAAUCCCUCGCCGACUUGUUGAACAGCUCCAACUAUGAGCAUCUGGUAACGGCAGCGCGCCGUGGACGAGACGAGAUUUCGCCAUUUCUGAUACAGCUCCUAUACCAGACUUGCGUGCUCCUGCUGAAGACUGAACACCCCAAGAAUGGCGACUGGAGCGAUACGCGGGUAGAGAAGCUCAGGAGCGCAUUGAGAGAAAGCAGAGACUAA